AUGGCCAAUAUUGACUCUCAAGUUGCGACGCUCCUAGAUACGGCACAAUCCGACGAUGAGGAUGCUCUCAUUGCGUCCCUUGAAGACUCCCCCGCCCUCGACGCUUUUCGCGAGCAAAGAAUCCAGCAACUGCACUCCGAAUUGAGCCGCGCAAAAUCACAAAAGAACCAAGGCUUUGGAGACUAUAGGGAGAUAAAAGAGGAGAAGGCAUUAAUGGACCUUACAACUAGUACCAAAUAUGCCGUGGUACAUUUUGCAAAGGAUGAUUUUGCCCGGUGCGGGGUUAUGGAUCGCCAUUUAGAGGCUUUAGCACCCAAGCAUUUUGAUACUAGAUUCCUGAAGAUGAACGUGGAGAAUGGCCCUUUCCUGGUCACCAAACUAAAAGUACAAGUCCUUCCUUGCGUAAUAGCGUUCGUGGACGGUGUUAGUGUGGAUCGGAUUGUGGGAUUCGAAGGACUGGGUUACACACCGGAUACAUUUACAACAAAGGACUUGGAGGCACGUUUGCUGGCGUCAGGAGUAAUACAGAGGGCUAAGGCUACGGAAGGUGCUGGCGGUGUGCGAUUUGGUGUGAAGGCUCCUAAGAAGGUAGAAAGUGAUGACGAUGAUGAUUGGGAUUGA